UCAUCUCCUCCUGUAGGCGACAUCACGCAGAAGGGUUAUGAGAAGAAGAAGGCACGCCUCCUCCAGCCCUAUGUCAUCAGGGACCCCAGUCAGGCCUCACACCAGGCAGCACUGCACGCACAACACAGCAGCGGUGCCAGCAGCCGCAGCCGCCGCAGUGAACAUCGGAGCGUCACCACUCACGAGCGGCGCUACCUGUCAGGUGCGCAGGCAGAGGCGGCCUCCCCUUCCACGCGCUCACGACGAAGAGCUCAGCGCCGUGUCACCAGGAAUGAGUCACGCUACCACUCCGAGGUGCGUCAGGAGGCAGUCAAAGAGGCUCUGGCGCAGUACCAGUCACGCCCAAAGAACCUCCCGCUACCAUCCAAACGAUCCUCAGUUAUGACAGCAAGAUCUCCAGACAGACAUCACAGAGAUUCUGACUCCGAAGACAGUGAUGAAGACAGUGUGACAGCAGAGGGUAGUCUGGGCAGUAGUGGAGGUCACAGUGGGUCACAGGGUACACCAGAAGUGACUCGCACCCCAUUACUGCUACCUCCACCACAGGUUCCUGCACAUGGUAGUGGGGGAGGAACACCAGCAAGCAGCUCUGGUAGUAGUCAUCACACACCACCACCACACCCACUCCCACCCAAACAGCAGCAGCCUUUACCACCCAUACCACCACACAGCCUCAGUAAUGGUGGUGAAGAGGAACGCAGAAGACGAGAGAUGACAGAAGUUACAGAUCUGAUGCGCAAUAUUACCUCAUUUUCUCAGCCCCCCGAUGUGACCAACAACACUGGUGGGGGCAACAUUCGGGCGCCACGUGAUGACCGCAUCACCCGUUACUCUGGGCCGCCUCCUGGUAGACAGUCUUCUUCAGAUGCUGACUCAGAUGGAUGGCGAGACGCUCUAUAUCAUUUUCCAGAAAAUUGGCGCGGAACUGGCCGCUGGAAAGUUUCCAACAAGAUUCAGCAGCUCCUAAAUACACUAAAGAGACCAAAGAGACGACCAUUACCAGAAUUUUAUUUGGAUGAUGAAGAAGACCUGGAAAUUGCUGCCAACCCAAAAGAUCCUAAUGCACCCAAGCCAGAGGGCAUGGUUAUGACACCAGCUCGGGGAGAACAGCUUGUGAUCCCUGCUGGAUUGCCACGAUCAGUAGAAGAUGCAGUCUAUCGCUAUGGGUCAUCCUCAGGGUAUAAAGCGCCAGUUGCAACUAUCCUUGAUGCUAAUGGCAAACUGUCUGUGUCACUUACAUACGGAAAGCUAUUGAGUAGAUCUCAGAAGAUGGCAUACAACCUCCUCACCCGUCUUGGUGGCCGAGGGGAAGGUACAGUUAUGCCCGGUGACCGCGUCGCCCUCGUCUAUCCUAAUAAUGAUCCUGUGUCCUUCAUGUGCGCCUUUUAUGCAUGUCUACAGGCUGGACUUGUUCCUGUGCCUAUAGAAGUUCCAUUGUCAAGACGAGAUGCUGGAUCACAGCAAAUUGGUUUCCUCUUGGGGAGCUGUGGUGUAUCAGUGGCUCUUACUUCAGAGGCUUGUUUCAAGGGCAUUCCAAAGACUAGUGCAGGGGAAGUAGUAUCAUUUAAGGGCUGGCCAAAACUCUCCUGGUUCAUCACUGACCAUCUACCAAAACCUCCAAAAGAUUGGCAGACACCUCCAAGACACUCGGAUGAUACUGCUGCAUAUAUUGAGUAUUGUACAGACAAGGAUGGUUCAGUAAAAGGUGUAGUCGUAACAAGAUCUGCAAUGUUGGCCCACUGCCGCACCCUUACUUCAGCAUGUAAUUACACUGAAGGAGAAGUUGCUGUUUGUGUCCUUGACUUUAAAAGAGAGGUUGGUCUCUGGCACUCCAUGUUGUGUUCUGUGUUCAAUGGGAUGCACGUCAUCUUCAUUCCAUAUUCUGUUAUGAAAGUCAACCCAGCCUCUUGGAUGCAUAUGAUCACCAGAUUUAAAGCAAGCAUAGCCAUAGUUAAGUCUCGUGACCUACAUUGGGGUCUAUUGGCUACCAAAGACCACAAGGAUGUCAGUCUUCAAUCACUGCGGUUACUUCUAGUAGCUGACGGGGCCAACCCUUGGUCCCUUUCUUCGUGUGAUCAGUUCCUUGCUGUAUUCCAAAGUAAAGGUCUUCGGCCAGAUGCCAUUUGUCCUUGUGCAUCAUCUCCAGAGGCUCUCACUGUUUCUGUUAGGAGACCAGGCCAUGGAGGUGCCAAUGCUGUAGGUCGUGGAGUGUUGAGUAUGCAGGGUUUGAGCUAUGGUGUUGUACGUGUGGACCAAGAAAAUUCCCUUACCUCUCUUACACUUCAGGACUGUGGACAAGUUUUACCAGGAGCUAUGAUCAUUGUCGUAAAGUUAGAAGGUCAACCUUUUCUUUGUCGAACGGAUGAGGUUGGGGAAAUCUGUGUGGCAGGUGGAGCAGUUGGUGAUCAGUUUUGGGGCCUUCAGGGUAUGACCAACACUACUUUCAAAGUCCAGCCAUUGCUUCCAGACAACACACCAAUGUCAGACAAUUCUUCCUUUGUCAGGACAGGACUUCUUGGAUUCUUGGGACCAGGUGGCCUAGUAUUUGUCUGUGGUUCUCGUGAUGGCCUUAUGACAGUCACUGGCCGUAAACACAACACAGACGAUAUCAUUGCUACAGUCUUGGCGGUGGAACCUAUGAAAUUUAUAUAUCGAGGUCGCAUUGCCGUCUUCUCCCACAAAGUCCUUAGAGAUGAGAGGAUAUGUGUUAUUGCUGAACAAAGACCUGAUUGCUCAGAAGAAGAGAGCUUCCAGUGGAUGUCUAGAGUGCUCCAGGCAGUUGACAGUAUCCACCAAGUGGGAAUAUAUUGCUUAGCACUUGUACCUCCUAACCACCUUCCUAAAACACCACUGGGAGGGAUUCAUUUGUCAGAGACACGCAAGAAGUUCCUGGAAGGAUCGCUGCACCCGGCAAAUGUGCUAAUGUGUCCUCACACCUGCGUCACCAACCUACCCAAACCCCGGGAGGUUCAUCACGGUAAUUAUGUUGGUCCAGCCAGUGUAAUGGUGGGGAACCUGGUUCAAGGCAAUAGGUUAGCCAGUGCACAAGGUCGAGAUAUGGGACUCAUGGACAAUGAAGAUGGUAUGAGAAGGCAUCCUCAGUUCAUUGCUGAUAUUCUCAAAUGCUGAGCCUCAACCACAGAAAACCAUGAAAUUCUGACGCUCCUCAAUUCCAAGGGACAGGUGGCUACAUCCCUUACCUGUGCCCAACUCCACAAAAAAGCAGAACGUGUGGGUUGCCUGCUGCUGGAGAAAGGUCACAUAAACACUAGUGACCAUGUAGCACUUAUAUACCCACCUGGGGUGGAUCUAAUAGCAGCAUUUUAUGGCUGCUUGUAUGUGGGUGCUGUACCAGUUACUGUCCGCCCUCCACACCCUCAGAAUCUACAAUCAACAGUUAACACAGUUAGAACUGUGGUAGAUGUAUCCAAAUCUUCAAUUAUUUUAUCAACAUUGACAGUUAUAAAACUACUGAAGAGUAAGGUAAUUUGUCUUGUUGCCUGUGAACUUUAUCCCUCUCGUGUAGUGGCACUGUGCUUAGACCCAUAUUGUGGCCUCGGUCUGGCUUUGUGGGUCCUCUCAUCUGUAUAUUCAGGACAUCAAUCCAUCCUCAUUCCUCCUGGUGAGGUUGAGUUAAAUCCCUCCUUAUGGCUAUCAGCUGUCUCUCAGUACAAAGUGCGUGACACCUUCUGUUCAUAUGGAGUCAUGGAACUGUGCACAAAAGGCCUGGGAUCCUCCAUUGUCCUGCUUAAACAGCGAGGUGUCAACCUAGCAUGUGUGCGAACAUGUGUGGUUGUUGCUGAAGAACGGCCUAGGGUCCAACUUACCAAUUCUUUCUCCAAGCUAUUCAGUGGCCUUGGUUUAUCUCCCAGAGCAGUGUCAACAAGUUUUGGCUGCCGUGUUAAUGUAACAAUCUGCUUGCAGGGAGCGUCAUCACCAGACCCAACUACUGUGUUUGUUGAUCUCAGGUCCCUCCGACAUGAUAGGGUAACACUGGUGGAGAGGGGCGCCCCACAUUCAUUGUGUAUUAUGGAGUCUGGAAAACUUCUGCCGGGAGUAAAAGUCGUCAUUGCUAAUCCUGAUACCAAAGGACAGUGUUCAGAUUCUCAUCUUGGAGAGAUAUGGGUCCAAUGUAAUCACAAUGCAAGUGGCUAUUUUACUCUGUAUGGAGAUGAUGGCACUGCUAAUGAUCAUUUCAAUGCCCAGCUUGUAACAGGCAAUACAGGAGAGACAUAUGCACGUACGGGUUACCUUGGCUUUCUCCGCCGCACUGAAUCUGUUCAAGCAGAUGGAGAACUUCAUGAUGCAGUGUUUGUUGUUGGUGCAUUAGAAGAGACUGUUAUUUUGCGAGGAAUGCGCUACCAUCCCAUUGAUAUAGAGAUGACGGUGAUGCGAUGCCACAAAAAGAUCUCGGAAUGUGCAGUGUUCAACUGGACCAAUUUGUUAGUGGUGGUUGUGGAACUGGACGGGGCAGAGUAUGAAGCUCUGGAUCUUGUGCCACUCAUCACCUCAUCCGUCCUAGAAGAACACCAAGUCAUUGUUGGUGUUAUUGUAGUGGUGGACCCGGGUGUAGUGCCCAUCAACUCGCGUGGGGAGAAGCAGCGCAUGCAUCUUAGGGAUGGUUUUCUGGCAGACCAGCUUGACCCUAUAUAUGUUGCUUACAAUAUGUAAAUAAUGUGUAUUACUAAGCCAGGCUGGAAAAAAAAGACAUAAAAUUUCUUUUAAAAUUUCUAUUUCAUCUAUUUUGACAAGAAUGAUUUUGUCAAAGGUGAACUCUGAAACUGAAGAAGUCAGAGAUUUUCUGUACGUAUAUGAAAAUAUAACUAGUGUGAUUGAUAUUACACAAAGGACAAAAGUGAUUGAUGAAGUAAACUUAUCCAAAAGGGUAAAAUUAGUGGUUUCCUUGUGGAUUAUCAACCUUGUUAUAUAAGCAUUUGCGCUAAUCCACAAUAUUAGCCACACAUGUAUGAAAGAAGUGUGUGAAGAUCAAUUAAUUUCUACCUUUAUAUUUCUUGUCAUAAAGAUAAUGGAAAUUUUGAAAUCUUUGAACGAGAUUUAUUUUCUGUUUUUACAAGUGCCAUGUGCAGCCUUUUACGAUUGCAUUUGUAGUGUGAUACAAUUCAAGUGAAAUAAUUCAGUCAUGAACUUCAGUAGAUAUAUAUAUUGAUAGCUUGUGAUAGUGUUUGUGAGUUUUAGGAAAUUUAAUAUGUCAUAUUGCUACUUAGAUUUAAUUUGUAUCAAGAUGAAUGAAUGCAUUUCAAGUCAUUUACUGACCUGAGGUAAUGUUUGCCACUUGAAGUAGCCAAACAGUGUAUAUAGUUAUAUCUUGGCUCAGACUCCGGUCACUGUAUAUAUAUAUAUAUAUAUAUAUAUGGUACAUUACCUAUUCCCACUUUAUUUAGUCUUAUGAGUGGCUUUUUCGGCAAUACAGUAUAUAUAAAUAGUAAACGAUUUCAGUUGUUGGCACAACCGGAAAAUAAUUAAAAUGCUGAAAAACCUGCUCGCACUCACCAUGCUCUGUACAUUUGUAUAGCAGUAGAAAUGUUCGUUAAAGUCUUGAAUGCCAAGCGAACAGUUGCUUUGGUUAUUACAAAGCUCCGAGUGUCGCCCGGCAAAUCCAAAACCCAGAAGAAAGAAUAUAUCCCAUUUUUACUCUAAGGUGUUAAGUCAGUCACAAAAUGUAUGUAUGUAAAAGAUGCCAUGUCACCAGACCAUGUUGGGUAUAUUUUAAAUGUUUAAACUAAAAAUGUAUUUGUAGAAUUUUUUUGUGUAUAUUGAAACUAUGCUGUACCUUACAGACAUGAUGGGAACUUGCAUUGGGUUAGGAACAAGUAGUUUUAGUGUAGACUUGCUGAGAUACACAGCACACCUUGAGACGAUGUUACAGUAUCAUACAGAUUUUAUAUAGAGUUUACCUUUGUGUGAAAUGGGAGAUUUUUUAUUUUAUUUUUAUUUUACAGAUAUGAGAGUAUUUCACAGUCAGCAUGGCUCAAGUUGAUUUUUAUGGUAAUGUAUGACAAUAUAUAUGGUCAUAUUGUUGACAAGUUUUGGGGUUUCAUUAUUAUUGUCUCAGUGUUCAUUCUGGCCUUUGUACACUGAAAGAUAAAAAAAAAAAUUAUGCCUAUGUAUGUCUUGUAAAAUUUGGUUGACAAGAAUUUUAAUAUGCCCUGCUUCAUAGAUGGGUAUUAAUUACAAAUUUUUUGCAUGUAUAAAUCCCCUUAUAUAGUCAUGAAUUGUCGUGUUUUGAAACGUGGCGUUUUUGUCCAAAUAAAGUGUAAAGUAGGAGCAAGUAUUUAUCUUAUAUUUGGAAUUUUUAUAUAAAAUGGUCUCUAUACUUUUCCACGUAUGAUAAUGAAUGGUAUGGAAUCACCUUCUUAGCUGUUUUACUUCUAAGUCAGUCAUUUUGAUUUUCAAUUUUUAAUUUGUUGUCUGUACAGUCUAGAUAAGCAUUAUUGUUUGUAGUAUUGCCAGUGUAAUGAUUUAUGGAUAAAGAUUGUAUAGAUGCAAUGAAAAUAAUUUAAUCAAAACAAAAAAGAUAUGUAUGGCUGAUUGGAUGAAUAAUCCCUUGUAUUCAUUUACCUGAAGGUGACGAGUGGAGUUCUACGCUCAACUUUAAAAUUUUUGCGUACUGUUGUCUACUGUCGCUUUCUGAAAAUUUUAGGGGUUCCAGAGCAGCUGCAAGUAUCCUCUGUUUUUGUAUACUGUCUCUAACAUACAGUACAAGCAAUAAAUGUCAAGAAAAAGAUGUA